CGCACGUCAGAUUUGGCGUUCCUGGAUUAGCCAGGCACCAACCCCACAAGAUAUGUGGGCACUCCUUGGCAGUUGUCCCCUUAAUCCAAAGGAGCCGCCGAUCCAGCCAAUGACACUCCUGUCUUGGGUGGCUGAGUGCCGCUUAAGGAAAGAGCGAUGUCGCACAAACAACACCCCGGUCAAGGGGUCCAUCCUUCCCCUUGCCGUUUCUCCGUAGUUAGGUCCAACUUCGAGAAGCCUGGAGCUCUCAAAUCUGGGUUAUCUUCAACCCACCACCACCAUCGUCGCUGCCGUUCCUCGCAGAAGACCCUUCUCCUGGUUUUCUGCGCCACCCUUUUCUUCGCCCUGUCAUUCACUUUCAGACUUCUCUUCAACCCCAAUUCGGGCCCCACGCUCCUUACCUCUUAUUAUCGGCGGCAUCGAUCUGGCAUCCGUUCCUUUUCCGAUUUGUGUCGAUUGCCAAUCCCCUUUUUCGCGGUUAAGUACCGCACAAAGUCGCGGACUGCGACUCGACGACAUUCAUUCACCACACACCAGCCCGGUGCGACAAGCCCGCAAACCCGGAGAGAGGCCUUCGUGUUCCGGAGUUAGACACUUGUGAGCUUGACACGCAGCCGCAGUGAGCGACCGUCUGUGGUCGGUUUGCUGAGGCUGUGUCAUCUCUCACAGAUUUACGUUCACCUCGACAUCCUUGAGCUGGUAUGUCGAUUCUCAAGGUGGAUGGAGAGAGUAGUUGCUCUCCCCCGCAUCUGGAUCGUCAAGUCUCUGAUUCGACUUCGACGCUCGACAAUUCAAUCCUCAUUCAGUCAGCAGUUCUAUCCUCGGCCUGUUCGAAAACAUACACGUU